CAUAAAUACAUCCACUCACCAUCUUUGCACAUCACCCACAUCUUCUAACAGUCUCUAUCUUCUCUCUCUGUCUCUCUGAGUUCUUGAAGGCUAGCUAAGUCCGAAAAUAAUGACGAAGGAUGAGGAAAUGGUGGAAGAUGAGUCGUUCUCCGGAAAGGACUACUUAGACCCACCGCCAGUGAAGACGUUCGAGAUGAGGGAGCUCAAGAAGUGGUCCUUCUACAGAGCAGUCAUAGCUGAGUUCAUAGCUACUCUCCUCUUUCUAUAUGUGACCGUUUUGACAGUCAUCGGCUUCAAGAGCCAGACCGAUACCCAAGCUGGUGGAGGAGCAUGCGCCAGUGUCGGCCUUCUCGGCAUCUCUUGGGCCUUUGGUGGCAUGAUCUUCAUCCUCGUCUACUGCACUGCCGGAAUCUCUGGUGGACACAUUAACCCUGCGGUCACGUUUGGGCUAUUCCUGGCUAGCAAGGUAUCAUUGGUGAGAGCUGUGUCUUACAUGGUGGCUCAGUGUCUCGGAGCCACUUGCGGCGUUGGUUUGGUGAAAGUCUUCCAGUCGACUUAUUACAACCGCUAUGGUGGUGGAGCAAACAUGCUCUCCGACGGAUACAAUGUUGGUGUUGGUGUUGGCGCUGAGAUUAUUGGCACUUUUGUCCUCGUCUACACCGUCUUCUCAGCUACAGACCCUAAGCGAAAUGCCCGUGACUCACACAUUCCUGUAUUAGCACCAUUGCCAAUUGGAUUCUCCGUGUUCAUGGUUCAUUUAGCCACUAUCCCAAUUACCGGCACCGGAAUUAACCCGGCUAGGAGUUUUGGAGCUGCCGUCAUUUACAACAAUAAAAAGGCUUGGGAUGAUCAGUGGAUCUUUUGGGUCGGUCCAUUUGUGGGUGCAGCCAUUGCAGCAUUUUACCACCAGUUUGUGUUGAGAGCUGGUGCUAUGAAGGCCUAUGGGUCAGUGAGAAGCCAACUUCACGAGCUUCACGCUUGAUUUUGUUUUUUCAAACUAUCGAAGAGGUGAAGAAUUAUUUGGGCCAGGAAAAAGAGAGAAAGAGGACCCAAAUCAUGCAAAAGAAAGUUUGAAUGAUUUUAAAAUGUUGGUCGGUACGUGAGUGACAUUGUAGUGUGUCUUAUUUGUGGCGUUGAUGGGAGGUUUGAGUGUAACAAUUUGUAACAUACAAGCUUUCGAUCGUGUGAAUGUAUGUGUACGUUAUUUGAUGCAUAUGCUAUUUUUAUAUCCUCUCUACU